CGCAAGCGGCGUGCACGCACGGCCUGACGCCUGCACAGCUCGCCUAGCGAGUGCAUUCUUUCUAAUUCAGCGCGGGCUCGAGCCCAUACAACUCUGCACAGCAUAGAGAUGAAGUUCCGCCCCUGCAUCGACCUGCACCACGGCAAGGUCAAGCAGAUUGUUGGUGGGACGCUGCGAGACGACGAGGGCAGCGCACCCGCCGAGAACUUCGUGAGCGACCUGAGCGCGCAGCACUACGCGGAGAUGUACCGCCGCGACGGGCUGACGGGCGGCCACGUGAUCAAGCUCGGCCCGGGCAACGAGGAGGCCGCGCGCGCGGCGCUCGCGGCCUACCCGGGCGGCCUACAGGUCGGCGGCGGCGUGACGGCGGCGACCGCGGCCGAGUGGCUCGAGCGGGGCGCGUCGCACGUCAUCGUGACGUCGUGGCUCUUCGACGGGCCGGCGCUGUCGCGGAGUCGGCUCGACGAGCUCGUGGCCGUCGCGGGCCGCGAGCGCGUCGUCCUCGACCUGAGCUGCCGGAAGCGCGACGGCGACUACUUCGUCGUCACGGACCGGUGGCAGACGUUCACGGACCUUAAGGUGGACCGGGCGACGCUCGAGGACCUGGGGAGCUACUGCGCCGAGUUCCUCGUCCACGGCGUCGACGUCGAGGGCACGCGCGUCGGCAUCGACGACGCGCUCGUGACGCUCCUGGGCGACUGCUCGCCCGUGCCCGUGACGUACGCCGGCGGCGCGGCGGCGCUGGCCGACCUCGACCGCGUCAAGGCCCUCGGCCGGGGCCGCGUCGACCUGACGAUCGGCUCGGCGCUCGACGUGUUCGGCGGCGACAUCCCGUACGCCGACGUCCUCGCCUGGCAGGCGCGCGAGGACGCCUCUUAAUUAUUAACAGCUC